GUGAGAAAGAUCAAUUGAAAUAAAUUACGCCACGCCGGAAUGAAUUGCCAAUCACCGUUUAUUGACGUAAGGUAUAGUCAGGAACAGUGAGUACCAUACAUAGUGUAAGGAAACAUACGAUAAAUACGGUAUUGUUUUACGCAGUUUACAGGGAUGUCGACUUUUAAUUACAUUGGUUCUAGUAUGGAAAAAUAACUCAUAUAUUCGGAAACAUUUUUUUCCGGGAGAUCAAAUGCACCUCUUCCUUUUUGGUGUUCCGUUUUAGAUAUUUUCAGGAAAUACCAUCUAAUGAAUUUUUAGUAAUUGGUUCAAGGAUUAAUUAUAUAUCGGCUGUACUCGUGAUGUAAUAGAGUGAUUUUGCUUGGAUAUACAAUAGAUGCAGUGAUAAGUUCUCACAAUGCUGCAGGAGAGAAUCUUAAGAAAGCGCCUAUGGUGAACGAUAAGGCAACGAUUUUUGAUAGACACCUGUAGAAGUUCCCAAAUUUUUCACUUCACGGACAACAAUUUUGAGAUACAGCAUCCAUGAUGGAGUUAAAAACAGGAAAUGCAGUUGACCAAAUUAGUUUUAGAGCGGACAACCACACGGGACAUGUUGUCAUUCAAAGUUGCAUGUAUGUGUGUCCGGUUGAGUAGAUUACAUGGUCCGUGUUGAAAAUUGUGAAAAAUAAACAUUAUAAAAAUAUGUUUGACAGUGAAUGGAUUAAUCUUGACCAAAACGAGAAAGGAUCCAGCUAAGGUGUACGUAACUCUAAUGCGAGUUUUCAACAACAAAUCCUGGCGUCUAACAAGCUGAUGAAUUCUUAGUGUCUCCUUUCGCACGCGCAUCCAUCAUAUGUAACCAUCUCUAUUCUAUUUUUUGGAGCAAUACACAACGUGCAGUCUGGCAGCUCGAUAAUAUACUGUAAUUAUUCACAUAAUAAAGUGUUUACAUGUGUUCAGAUGUAAUAGGUAUUCUCCAAUAAAUAAAAAAAGUGAUUAAUUAAGUUGAUGAAGAGAGAAGACAAUGUGAUGGAGAUGCCUGAUAUGUGUUCCAUCUUUGGUGUCACGCUUUCCUUCUAGUACCUGGAAUGAAUGACAGCUCUGUGAUCGAUACUUUGAUUGAAUUUUCCUUCGUAUUUGAAUAUGUCAGGUCUCGUCAUGGUUGAACCAGCCAAUGAAAAAACUCGUAUUGAUUCUACGGAGCAGCUCAUACACCAAGUGCCAGUAGCAUUCGCGGAUCCAAACGAUGAAACCAGUGGAAAUGUCAAACGUCCUAAUUCAUUGCCGAACAACCUUGAUAAACAUUCGGAACGUGUCCCCGAAAACAAACAUAAUGCUCGGCAUUUACAGGAUUUAAAUUUUCAAGAACAUGGAGAAAUUGACGGAAGAGUCAAUCAAGCAUAUUCUUCUCCUGACAUCGAGUUACAAAACUAUAGCUUUGAUGUAGGUGAGAAAAAAGACAGAGUUGACCAGAGCAGUCAAAAAGAGGGAGAGAAGGGUAAACAAAGCUCCCAGAUGAGUCUUCAAAAUACUUCCAUUCCACACACGCGGUUGCCGCAAAUAGAUUGUGCCAUCAUCGCCGAGGAGGAUACGUCGCGAAGCGUUCUGUUGGAGGAUGGUGGGGGGAAAGAGGAGUCGCGAAAUAACAACAAAUCUACAAAGGACAACAUUAUUUCGGACAUUGGUGCCGAUAUAAUGAGAGUUAAUGGAGCCAUUGGCUCAUUUAAACAGUUACAGAAGCCGACCUCUAUGCAGUCCCUGCCCACUUCCUCCAAAAUGAGUUUUAAUGACGAAACCGGAGCCGGUACAGCUUUAGUGGAUAAAGGUGACUCCGGAAAAUAUGUGGAAAAUAAACAGGACAAAGAUAAUAAACCCAAUGUGGGGUACAGACUCGGGAAACGAAAAUCCCUGUACGAACGUCGACGGAAAAUCUCGGACUAUUGUCUCGUUCUUGGAAUGGCCGGAAUUCUUAUAAUGAUUCUUGAGACGGAACUUAUUAUGGCGAAAGUUUACACCAAGGAUACUUACUAUUCACUGGUGUUGAAAUCUCUCAUCUCACUGUCCACUUUUAUUCUGAUUGGCCUUAUACUCGCUUACCAUGCAGUUGAAAUCCAGUUGUUUGCCAUCGACAAUUGUGUAGAAGAUUGGCGGAUCGCCAUUUCUUGGAGGCGUUGUUUUCAACUGGGCCUUGAAAUUCUUGUCUGCGCAGUUCAUCCAAUUCCAGGGGAAUUCUUUUUCAUAUGGAAGACCGAAAUCUACGACGGAGCGUCCGUGGUAGAAGAGGACGUUCCGGUGGAUAUACUUCUUUCUAUUCCAAUGUUUAUGAGACUGUACCUCAUAGCCAGAGUGAUGUUACUCCAUAGUAAACUUUUUACAGACGCUUCCUCGCGAAGUAUAGGUGCGCUGAAUAGGAUUAAUUUUGAUACUCGUUUUGUGUUAAAGACUUUAAUGCACAUUUGUCCCGGGACUGUGAUGCUGGUGUUUACUCUCUCAAUGUGGAUUAUCACUAGCUGGUUACUACGUGCCUGUGAAAGGUAUUUUGAUCACAGACACGAGAACAUUCUGAAUGCCAUGUGGAUGAUAUCUAUCACGUUUUUGUCGGUCGGGUAUGGUGAUAUCGUCCCUAACACUUAUUGUGGUAGAACCAUCUCCAUAGCGGUAGGCUGCAUGGGUGCUGGUAUUACUGCUUUGAUCGUUGCUGUUUUGUCCAAAAAAUUAGAGCUUAGUCGAGCAGAGAAACACGUGCAUUUCUUUAUGAUGGAUACCCAACUGUCAAAACGAUUGAAGAAUGCGGCAGCUAAUGUUUUACGAGAGACUUGGUUAAUUUACAAAUAUACAAAACUCGUCAACAAAAUAGACGCAGGCAAAGUCAGAGCCCAUCAGAGAAAAUUCCUACAGGCAAUCCACAGUUUGCGCAAAGUAAAAAUGGGGCAAAGGAAAUUGGCCGAAAAUCAAAACACACUAGUUGAUAUUGCUAAGAGUUUAGGUCGUACAGGCCUGGAACCGCCUCACAGUGUGUAUAUUUCAAUACCCCACGUGCAAUUCAAACAGACGCAGGGACAAAUUCAUGACACCGUUUCAGACGUAUUUACAAAGACUUCUACUCUGGAGGAUCGAGUGAACAAAAUAGAAAACACCCUUGUAUCUUUACAAGAGCAUCUUGAAAGACUUCCAGUACUCAUAGCGGAUAAAGUAUCUUCACGUAGAAACGAACCCCAAUACACACUACCUCCUGUUCGUGAUUUGGACAGGGAUCGAACUUCGCGGGAAGUAGAACGUGAAAAGCAUUUGGAGGCACGUGAUAGACUGUUUGAGCCACGUGAUCUUGUUGAACAACGAGAGCGGGAAAAAAGGACUGGAGAUUUUAAUUCGGACCUUCCCGAUAGUGCAGAAUCUACAAGGUCGGAAUUUAAUCAACUUCGAAAAACUUCGCCACCUCGUCGCCGAAAACAAUCUGCUCCAUCAACAAACACUCUUACACAAUACCCACCGUCUCAAGGGAGCAUGAGUCAAAUCUAAUAUUGACCUGGAUUUUCCCUAAGAACCCCCAAUAAAAUGGUUUUUACGGAAUCAAAAUUGGUGCCAGUAAAGUCAUUCCAAUACUGUUGUUUGAAUACUAGAAUCUACUCGACUUCAUUGAUUUCUCUAUAACAUAUAUCAACGAUUAAUGCUAAUACGUACACUAUAAUCGCUAAUGAUGAAAGUGUCAUAUGUGAUUUUUUUUGUAUUGGCGUAUAGCAUUUAAGUGAUGAAUGUUUGAACAGGAAAGCGACUCCUGUGAUUUGGUUGCUAAGUGACAGAUGUUUCAUAUGACUAUAACCGUUACUUCUUUCUGUCUUACUAGACUGGCAAAAUCUGUGAUAUACACAACGUUAUAUUGUGAUGUAGGAUCUUGUUUGAUGUGCGGUAGAAAAGAAAUUUGGCGUGGUCCCAGUGAUGACCUGACAGAGUGAUUAAUUAUUUAAUAAUUAAUACCGUGUCUUCCGUUCGCAGGGCUCACUUCCUGGACCCGCCUCGGACACAUUCCUCCCGCUUAAAUUCCUUUUAUAUCCAUAUAGAAGUUUUCAGUCAUGAAUUUCUACAGUGCCUCGACUUUUCUUUUAAAUACUAAUUGGUUAAUCCUUUUGAGUUUACUGUCGUAUAAUCACAUUAAUAUUAAUGCAAAAUUAGACAUUUUACGCCCAGAAAAUUUACCCUUUUUCUUUCCUCGUUAACCAGAAUUUUUUGGAGGUUGAAACGCUAUGGUAAUUUUUGAAAAAGGGUACUUACCUACAAGUGUAGAACUGACAAUGUUCUAAUAUUACCUCAUCUCAUUACCUGCCUAGCCCAUGUGUAUAUUGCUAUCUGUUUAUGUCCAUCGUCCUUAAAUAUGGGAACAUUUCUAACAUUAUAUGUCUAGGAACAAUGAGCUUAAUCCGUUUUAACGAGAUUUGUAAAAAUUUAUAGUAUUUACAGAUGGCCCCUUUCUCCCCUUUGGUAAAAACCUUAAAUUCAGACCAAAACAAAACGUUCUUCUACCAAAUUAUUGCAAACUGUUUAAUUUCAAAUCAGUUCAAAUCACAUAUGAAAAGUUAAUAAAGGCUCUCGUAUAAUACAAUAUGAUAAGAACCAUUUGGACAUGGUGAUGGUUAGGUAAUAAUGACUGGUAGGGAAAAAGUCUGAAAUUCAUAGAUUUAUAAUUACGAUUCAGUCAUGGGGAGUAGAUAUGUAUCAGAUAUUUUAUCAGGUUUGAUACUCGGAUGUCUGUCAAGGUCCUAUGGCCUGUUACAUUAACCAAAGAACUAUAACUCCUCUCACUUACAUUAAACUUGGUUUUGUUAUAAUAUUCAUAACUUUUCUAAUAAUAAUUAGAAGGGAAAAAAAUCCAACAUUUUUAAAGUUUAUUAAAGCAAGUUCUAUUUCUCUACAUUUUUUCCCAACCUUUUUUGUAUUGAAAGUCACAAUUUAACUAAUCCUUAAUUUAUGUAUAUUUAAAUUUUUUUAGACUGGAAAGUUUGAGGCUUUCAUCUGUUGGUGAAGACUAAAUAAACUUGAUAUAUUUUUGUAAAGUGUAAAUAUAUAGUUCCUAAUACGUAUAACGUCUUUGUUUUGUUAUUGUGUCGACAUAUGUUUGUAAUAUCAUUCCCACAUGCUCAACAGUUAUAUAUAGAGAUGUUAUGAUUUUCUCCCGUUAUUUUAUUUGUAUAUAUUAAAUAAUGAAAUUGUAAAAUUAGGGUUUUUUUAUUUAAUUUACAUUAUUGAAUUUCCACUUUAAUCAAAGCAAAUGUGCAAAAUGUUUAAAAGAAUUCUAAUUUUAAAAGGACCUACGCAAUACAGUGAAAAAAAAUGAUAUAGGAGAAAAAGUAAAAAAAAAAACUUGUUUACUAUCCAAUAAAGACGAAGUACUUAAUCGUAAAUCCUCAUUCGAGAAUUUCCUGGGAUCACUCUAAAUAUUGAUCAGUGUGAAACUUUUGUGAAUAACCUUUUUGUCUAACAUUUAUGUUAUUUUCUCUUAAUACGUCUCAUAUUUAAAACUUGUUUGCGUUGUGUUAUUUAAUGGUGCGACAAUUCCAACCCUUUUUCUUGCUGCAUUUUUUAUACACUAAGAAAAAUAUGUGAAUUAGUUGGUGUUCAUUUAUGUAUAGUAAUUAUAAGGAUUGGGACAUCGCUAAUUUUCUUGAAAUUAUAAACUCUUGUCUUUUUUUACGGUUAUUUACCUUUCCUCUCCUCACAUGAACAUAAAGAAUAAUAAACAAUAUGGUAAACAUUUCAAACAUUCCAAUAUUUCAAAUUGUAAAAUUACUCAAAUUAUUUGGAACUGAAAUACCGGGUUUUAAAAAAAAAAAGUCUUUUUUUUUUAUAUACUUAUAUUCACUUUUUUACGCAGAACAUGCAUUUACUUAUAUUAACCUGCAACAACAAUUUGUAUUCAAAAUUCAGGGUUUUUGUUCAGAAAAAAAUAAUUCUCAAAUUAAUAAUAUGAGAUUGUAUGAAAAAUUAUAAGUUGUAUAAGAACUGCUUGUACUGUAUCUGUUCUAAUGUCGUUGCCUUCUUUUUUAACAUCAGCGGACCCUGAUAUUAAAAUAUUGCACUCAUAGUCAUUGACAUUAUAUGGUUUGGAAGUGAUUCUGCGAAAUAAAAUAAAAUGUAACACAAAUA